GGAUUUAUUUGGAUGUGAAAGAAAAAGUAAAAGCAAAAGCAAAAGCUUUCAGCGCAAAAAUACAGAUGGCUGUAGUGUUCCCAAAGAUUUGUCUGAUACUUUAAUGUGCUAGGGUGUGUGGACUGACUUGAGAAUAAAUCUUGCUUAAAAAGACAGGGACUGCCAACUUGUGGAGCAAAAAAAAAGUCCAGGCUUGUCAAUGCAACCUGACACACACACAAAAAAGCUGUGUGAAACAUCUGCUCCUGGGAAAGCAAAAUUGGAAAGACAAUCAUAGACAACAUGUCUUAAUAUUCAUCUCAGAAGCUGGCAAUCGUGGGAUAAACAUUGUGGGAAAAGUCACUUGGACCUUUACAUUUGUCUCCUUCUAUCUCUUCCAACAAACAACAAAACAAUAUCAAAAGUUGCCUCACUGACAUCACAAUCAGUCUGUGGAAAACACAGCAUCAUAUCAAUAAAAAUAACUUCCUGUGGGCAGUGGCAAUGCUUUCAGACAUACUAUUCAGGCUGAGUAAUUGGUCAUUGUGUAUUAUAAUGAAAAUGUCACAGUCAAAAGCUGUCUUAUCUAGAUGUAAAAGCUCUGUGCCACCAACACCCUUCCAAUCACUCAUUACCUAGCAAUUAGUUUUCACAGGUCACUGAGGGCAACACAAAGAAGCUGAUAAAAACUCACUACUUGUCUGUUUUUAAAGAGUGAAUGCAUGAAGUUAAAGGUAAAAAUAAAGAAAAGGGAAACAGAAUUUGUCCCCUGAUGUUAGUAUUUGAUUUGUCUAACAAACGCUUCCAGAAGAACUCAUGACAGACCCACUGUGUCAUGUCACAAACUACAAUCAAUUUUAAUUGGGAUUUCAGACCAACAUAAUGUCGUGCAUGACUGUGAAGUGGAAGGAAAACAAUACAAGUUCUUCCAAAAACUUUUGCAAUUAAGAUAUGGGUGACAUGUAACUGUAUCCUCCCCAUUACUCUGAUACCCUUAGAUAAAAUAUAGGUGGUUGCCCACUUAUUAAAUAGAGUAAACAUCUGUCUGAUUGACUCACACUAUAAAUCAGCUUUCUGUGAAGUUUUGUGACCAAACAUCAUGAAGACCAAGGAUCACAGUGAACAGGUCGUUACGGAAAAGUUUAAAACGGUGGUGGGUCAUGAUAGAAAACAUAUUCUUUUUAUUGGACUUCACAGGAAGCACUAUUCAUAUCAGUCAUCUGAAAACCAAAAAGGAAGGUAAAACAUUCCCUAGCAAUCCACCUAAACUGAUAAACUGGACAAAAAAUGCCCAGAGAAGUUGUCUAGAGAUUCUUGAUACCUGCGAAUGAGCUGUAAAGAAGACUAGGAAUUGUUUAAUAGCCAUGGAUGCCACAAAUCUGGCAAGAAUGACAAAAAGAAAGCUACUGUUUGAAGAAAAUCCUAGAUGCCAAAAGUCAUGGACACAACAAACACAUGGAAAUAAGUACCACUUUGAAACCAAAAUUGAACGUUUUGGCCAAACACUAUGCAUGUCAGGAAAAAUCUUCCAUGUGUAAUUUUAACUUGGAAAUAAGAUAUUUUGUAGUAUUUUGCCUUAGUUAUGUUCUGAGUUUAGUAACCCAGUCUAUUGACUGAGCUAUGGCCCUCAAUGGUUUUAAUAGAAAGACGUAUGUCAAGUAGUGGUGGUCCAGCAUUGAUUAACAUGUCAAGUAACUAUGAUUUAUGGCCCUCAUAAAGAUAUAGUUUUAUAAUUUUAACACAUAUGUGAUUUUUAGGAUCUGAUUUUCAGCUCAGAUAGGAGACUAAUAACUACUAAUCAUACUCUGCACAGAACAAGAGGUCUUUGUUGAAAGAAAAACUUAAGGUGAACUGUUUAAAAUUUGACGCCAGACAUGUAGGGAACACAGCAAAUAUGUCCAAGGAGGAACUCUGGUCAGAAAAAAUACCUAAAAUACCUUCAACUGUGAGCCCAAAAGGGUAAAAUGCUAUAUGUGGAAAAAAAACUAACACUAUGCAUCACUUUGAACAAAGUAGUGACGCAUAGUGGUGUCAGCAUUAUUUUGUCACCACUAUGGGUGACAAAAUUUGAGGUUCUCCUGUAUUUGAGGUUCUCCUCAAAUACAGGAGAACCUGUUUGAAGCAAUAAACUCAACUUCUUCCAGGAAAAUGACUAAAAAUGCAACAAUAGCUACAAUGAAUAGUUUAGAUCAAAUAUUUAACUAGAUCAGUCAAAGUAAAAAUCUACUUGAAAACAAAUCAUCCCAGAUAUUGCUACUUUGAAAGGUGGAAUGAACAAACACCGUUGAUUCUAAGAUGUGAAAAGACGAUAGAAACAUACACAAAAAGUUGGCCACAUGUGGUCAGAGCAGAAAACAAAAAGAACAAUUGAGUUCUGUUUCAAAAUGUCUCAGAAACAUGUAACAUUUUCUUUCCACUUUACAUUUAUUGGUCUAUUGGACAAAACCCCAGUGAAAUGCAGUUUGUAUUCAAAGAAAUUUGAAACAUUUAAAAGGGUACAAAUGCUUUUGCAUGGCUCCGUAUAAAAACCACUGAGAGUUUAGGUCUCGGUCAGUCUGGUGGGAUACAUGGCCCCUCUGUUAAUCCCCUGUCUUUCCAUACCAUUUCACAUAUCACCCACGGGCUCCUGGGCUGUCAUCCCAUUCUCCUCCCAGCCAUCAACCAUAAGAAAGAUAACAUCCGACAGGGUAAUCUGACCUUUGAUACACAAAUGUGGGGUUGGCCCCCUCGAUUCAAAUUCUGCUGCUGUAAGGGGAAGUCUUCUUGUGUGCUCCACCCCUCGCAGGGGCAGGGGGAAAUGGAGAAGAGAUAGAAAAUGUUUAGGGGUGGAGGUGAUGGAGACAUGAGGGGAGGGCAAUAUGAUGCAGGGCUCCUUAUAUCAAGACAGGAAAUUCCAGUCCUGCUUUUGCAGGUUGGAGCUCAGGGCUGCUGCAGUUCAAAGAGGGCAGACAUUUGGUCUGAGGGAAUGCUCAGUGAACACACAUGGCAUAUCCCGACUGAUGUGGAGGGCAGCAGGGGUCAGGUGCUGUAGCUGUGGAGGCUCACUGGUCUAAUCCAUGUAAACAUAAGCUGAGGUAUCUCUGGGUUGCACUUCAAAGAUUGCAACAAAGGUUCAGAGGCUCCCUAGCCAUCACAGGACAUUUCAGGGAUAAGCUGCUCAAUACUUACCAUUGACAAGACACUUCUCCAAAGCUGUCACAACAAAGAUGAAUCUCUCUGCAAAAAGCGGCUGCUGAAAUGUAAACACUCUCCCAACAGAAGCGAUGGACUUCACUCUCACAGGUGUCUCUGUUUUAUUAUUUAGUGAAAAGCAUACGUGAAUAAGUGCUACACAUUUGGGAAAAAAUUAAACCAAAGUGGAGGUAGAGUGAGAGACAGAGUAGCCUCCAGCUACAAGCCCUCCCUCCUUCUCUUCCCUUCCCUGCCCUCUUUCCCUCUGCCUCCCUGCCUGUCUGUGUCCUGCUGGACUGCAGAGAAAAAGAAAUCCGAUCUUGUGUCUUGCUCCAGAAAAAAAAAAAAGAAAAGAAAAGUGAGGUGGGGGUGAGGGUGUCAAGCCAUCAGACGCAGUUAUAAUUGUAAACUCUGGUGGAAGUACUACAUGACAGCGGAGGUCUGAGAUUUGACAUGAAAAAGAUCUGAGCAGGAGUGCCAGUUUAUCGGAAAAAGAGCUGAAGGAGGCACGGCUGAAGAGUCACAUCAUUGCUGCUCAGCUCACCAUCCCCUCCAACUCUGGCUCCAGCUCCAGGGGUGUGCAGCUUUUUAAUCGGCGCAAGCAGAGAGUGAACGCCUUCACGCUCGAAAGCUGCGGACAAGGGUCAGAGGUGGACAAAACUGAGAAUGUGAAAAGUGAUUCCUUGUCCAACAAGCAAACCUGGGCAGAGAGGAGUUGUGAGGACAAGGACACAGACCUGAUCUUAAAUAAUAAUAAGUCACACUUUUUGCCAGCUGCAAGCAGCCCUUCAACUGGUGGCAUAAUGGAUGAAGAAAAUAAGAAUUUUAUCAAAGAUGAAGACACGGGGAACUAUGAUAUCCAGGAAAGACAUUUCCUCCCUGUCAAAGAAGAGCCAGAAGAAGAGGACGACAUAAAGGAUAAAAUUCGUGAAGUUCUAGAGGACGAUGCUAGACACCAAACUCAUCUGGGAAGUAAUGACUCUCAUCCAGCUGUGAUGGCACAUGUUGAAAGGAAGACAGAAACAACUGAGGGCCACCCGGAGGUUGUUCCCUCUGAAAAGCUUCUUAAUGGCUGUCACAGCACCUCUGGUUCAGAGAGGAUUUCCUUAGUCUCACCCUCCAAGCAGACGCCAGCCUUCCUCAACAGAACGGCUCGACCUUUCUUCUCACCACCAACUGUCCUCUCUCCAGAUUCAGUCAAUCCUGCUAUAGACAUCCCACCUCCCCCAUCUUAUGCUACUCCUCCUCUCCCUUCUUCCACUCAACCUGUCACAUUCUCUCCUCCACCUCCACCACCAUCAUAUCCAACACCUCCUCUGCCGGCCUUCACAAACCGACCUCCACAGACGUUCUACUCUAGUCCACUUCCAAUGUCUCCUCCCAUGUCCCCUCCAUGCCCUUCGCCAACCAACCUUCCUGUUUCCCAGCACCCACCUGCACCCCACUGUGGCCCUCUGACAUCUCCAAAGCCUUCCACCUUUGUUCCACAGUCCAUUGGAGAAAGGAAGCUGAUAACACCAAUCAAAACAGGAAUACUAGAGGAAAGUGCAGCCAGAAGGGCAAACAAGAAGUCAAUGUUUACAUUUAAAGAGAAGCCAGUGGUUGCUCCAAACCCUGAGUUGCUCUCUCUGGUGCAAGGAGCGGAUGAAAGAAAGAAACAUGGACACAGAUCUGUCCCUGAACCAGCACCUGAAGAGGAGUUACUGGCUUUGGGAGCAGAAGCUUCCAACUUCCUUGCGAAAGCAGAGGAAAAGACAGACGGAGCAAGAGCCCCAGAGUGGGCAUCCUGUCUCAAAAGCUCAAAGACCAGACCAAGGCUAGACCACCGUCCAGAGCAGAGCCUCACAAAUGUGUCAGGCAAGGGGGCUGAAUUAUUUGCCAAGCGUCAAUCAAGGAUGGAGAAAUAUGUUGUUGAGAAUCAGAAUCCAGGACAAAUUAGGUCUCCCUCCCCCACAAUGUCGUUACCACCAUCCUGGGUUUACCCAUCGAACAUGCCAGGAAGGGUCAAAGCCAUUGCCAAGAACUCCGAAGUGAGCGCACAGAUUUCGCAAAAUCUAAAGGCCCAGCAAGCCGUCAAGCAAAAGCCAAAACCAAAAGUUGCAGUACCAGAGCCAGUUCCAGAGCCACCAACUACUUUAGAAAAUGGUUGCUCCAAGAUAGAGAUGGACCUUGCAAGACACCGUCCCUAUCAGCUCAACUCUUCCCUCUUUGUCUUCAAUCCAGCCAAGGACCCAAUAAGCACAUUACCCAGAGGAGCACCACAAGCCAAGAACCUACUCAGCAGCCAAAGUUUUUCUAGACAGACUGCUCUACCUAACACUUCACCAUCUUAUUAUGGUAGUAUGUCACCUCAAUUGCCUCUCACCUCCCCAAGAGGAUCGGAAUACCCAGCAAAUCCGGCUUCCCCACAUGCGAGGAUCACUUCUUCUAUGUCUCCUUUUUCUCCAGAACGAGUUUCCUCCCCUCGAUCUGGAGUUCAGGCACCAAAGCCAACAUUUUCUGCCAAAAAGGCAGGAAUUACACCACAGGAAUCAGAGGAGUCAUCCCCUGUUGAAAUUACUGGUGAAACAUCCAUGGCAACCAGUACACCUAGCCUAACCAGACGUUUCUGCAGCCCAGCAAACCAAGCAACUAGAACAUGGAUCUCCAGCUCUCAAACAAGCCAGUCACCAACCACCCCCGGUGGAUCUAUCCGUUCUUUCACAUCUCCUGUCAAUUUGUCCAGUAAUGCAAGAUCCCAAUCUUUUAUGUCGAGUCAGAAUAGCCAAUUUUCCUCUGUUAAUUCCAAUUCUGCAUCCAGGCCCUCCCAAGCAGCUGCAGUCACUUCUCCAUGCUCUCCACCUUGGGGUUCCAGAUGUCAGUCCCCAGCUGUCAGCCAGUCCUCCACUACUGCCUCCAUUCCUUUUUCCAAACCCUCUGAAAACUCUAAAACCCAUUAUCCUAUUUCUCCUCCUUGGGGUUCAAGAUGCCAGUCCCCAUCUGUGAGCAAUAAUAACAAGACCUCCUCUGCUUCGGUUUUCUCCGUGUCCAGACCCUCCAUCACAUCUCUCGCCACAUCUACAAUCUCACCUCCCUGGGGAUCAAGGUGCCAAUCCCCAGCAGUGAGUCAGAAUACCCAAUCUUCCACCUUUUCCCCUGGAGCUACAUGCAGACCUUCUCAAACUCCUCCUUGGGGAUCAAGAUGCCAGUCACCUUCUGUAAGCCAGAAUAAUCAAUCCUUGGCUGUCUCUGUUUCCCCAUCCAGACCUCUGCAAAUAUUUGCAGCCACAUCUCCUGUCUGCCCUCCAUGGAGCCCCCGCUCCCAAUCACCUGCACUUUUUCAAAGCAGCUCAUCCUUUCAAUCCACUAAUCCUCUGCACACAUCAGCCACUGCCUCCCCUCCACGACAACAAAAAGACAAUCGCUGCACGUCCCAGAUUGUUAACAACCUAGACUCAAAAGCAAAUCACCGUCUCCUUGCAAAGAAUAUUAUAAAUGCAGCCAAACGUAAAAACAGCCCCUCCCCUGGAGCACUGAGCAGUCACGGCCUCCCCAUUUCACCUGUGGGAAACUCUCAAAACGACUGGCAAAAACCACCAAUUAGCCCCUUCCAGCAGAGGUCCUUGGGUGCACAGUCUCCCACCUUCACCAGCCCUCCUGUCACCCCAACUCAGAGAAUCUGCUCACCUGUAAGGCUCUACAACACCCGUUCUCUGACCGACUCAGAUGCCUCCGUUGAGUCCGAGGACUCGGGCCUCAGGUCGCCUGGCCUACACUCCUACAACACCUGCCCCCGUGGCUGGGGCGGCAGCCUGCGGGUCAAAAGAAGUACUGUCUCCACAGACCUGUGAGAUUGUUAAACUACUGGAUGUUCAAUUAAAACAAAAUUUCAGCAUUCAUAGACCUUUGUUUGACCUUGGAAGAUAAUUUGAGUUUAGGACUGAGUUGUUUAAAUUUCAGCGACGCUAAUUGUUGGACCUAAAUCAUAGUAAAUGUUAUAUUAAAAUAGUUUUAGGUUUCCACAGGGCUCACAUUCCUUGUAUGCACUGACAAGAACAAGUUUUUUAUGAAACACAGUUGCUGUGGCUUGUACGCUUCUGACAUACCAAAAAGUGCUCAAAAAUAAUCAAAGGUUUUAAAUAGCCUCUACUAUACUUUUAAAACAAACACACCUUCACAGUCAUUACAAAAUUAAUUAUACUGACUGGUCUGAUAAAAGUCAUAACAAGAGACUUCAGGUAUAAAACAGGCACAUCAAAUUAGUAAAAACAUUUAGCUUAACGGGCAUUUCGCUGCUUUAGUUAAAGCAUUAUUGACGUUUUGUAAUAGUACAUUGCAUGCAAUGAUCACAUUUUAUAGUUGCAUUUGAUUUCUUCUGUACUGGAUGUUAUCUUCAGGUCCCUUCAUCAUUUUCAAUUUUUUACCAUGUUUCAAUCACAAACCCGCAUGUGUUUUAGUACAAUUUUAGGACUUUAAUGAUUCAUGGUGGUUUCCAAAUUGAAACAAAAACAAACAAACAAAAAAACCAUGCAUUUAUAUUUAGGAGUCUAUGUGACUUUCUAGAAUGACAUUUUACUGCAACUAUAUUUGCGUGACUUUUGGAGAGUGUUUCUGUCUGGAGCCAAUAAAUGUUGCUUCUUAUUUGCAAAAAGAUUCAAGCUGGAUUUAGAGCUUCUGUGGGCAGCAAAUUUUCAGUCACAUUUUCUCAGUUGGCUUUGGAUCGGGACUUUGACUGAGCCUUUAUUAUCAUGAACAUCUUUAGAUUGAAACCAUUCUAUUAUAGGUCUGGUUGUGUUUAUUGAUGUCCUGCUGGCAGGUGAUUUUCCCUAUUCUGAAGUAUUUUGUAGCCUUUAAAUGGUCUUCUUCUCGUAUGGGCCAUAUUUAGCUUUAUGCAUCUUCGUAGGAACUCAGACAAGAUUCCAUUUCUGCUUAGGAAAAUCCCCCCCACAGGAUAAUGCUGCCAGCACUAUGUUUCACCAUGGGGUGUAUUUGCAUAGGUUAAUGUGCAGGAUUAAUCUUCUGGAACACAUAAGCCCUUCCAUGAAGGCAUAACAAUUUAAUUUUCUUUACACAUUAAUGUUUGUGGUUGUAGUGUGACAAAGGGUGAGGUCUAUGAAGGCCAAUGACUUGUUUAACAAGUUACUUUAAGUUUCUAAAACUUUAUUUCAUGAUGUCCAUGGUUGGUUAAUUGACUAAACUACAUUCUAACUUUACAUAAAAUCCAAUGGACAAUUUAUACAGUGCGAUAACCAGCUGACAUGUACAUAAGUUCUAUUAAAUACUGAAAUAAGUGAAUGUAUGCUUCAUAGAAGGAAGUCCAGAAAAGUGGAGUGUAUUGAAAAGAAAAGACGCGGAAGUAAAGUCUAAUUGAGUAUGGUGAAAUGCUUUAAAAACUUUCUCAGUAUAUUUUCUUCAUGUUUCCUUUGCUAUCACCAAUACUUAUCGUUCUUUAGUCCAUAUUAGUAGGAUCUUUGAUGUGGAACAGAUUAAAAUAUUUGAGUCUGUUUGAAGAAGGUUUGGAGGCAAAAAUGUAUGUCAGACAAGUGGAGAAGGAGAAAUAUGAUUAAAAUCUAUGGUGAAAAGGACAGAAGCAUGUUUGAAACUGAGUUGUGGUGCGAGCGAGAUCGGAAGAAUGAAUUAUAUUUCAGCUGUAUAUGAUAGUCUCAUGUACGUUUUUAGUAACUUGUAAAGUUUCUUUUUAUACUUGAAUGCACUUGUGAUCAUUUCAUUGUACAGGCAAAAUUGUCAUUAAAAGCUUGAGUUGCUAAAACAAAAGGCAAAUAAAUGUCUUACUAUAAAACUUCAACCAGUCCUGGUCAAUGCUGCAUGUUAAGAUGAAGCUGGCAAUUAGUUGCAAAUGUAAGCGCUCCCAGAGUUAUGUUUCUGCUUCAGGAAGUGUAACCCUUUCCAUCUUGCCUGAUCCUGCAACACAACAACAGAUAACUUUUUCGUUCGCUGACUCAGGCUGAAAGGAUCAGCACAUUGCUAAAUAUUUACUCCGUGUAUCUUUUGAGUGACAGGAACUUCUGCUCCUUGGUGUCCUUGCUCCUGCAGCAGGAUUGAGCCUAUCACUGUCAUGGAUAGAUUUCAGCCGAGGUCACCUCUGGGCAGCCUGCACACAUCCUCAAACAGAUACCAAGAAAACACAUCAUGACCUGUUUAAGUUUUCUUAUAGGUUCUAUGGCUACCUGACUGUGUCACUGCAUUUCCUGAAUUCAACUCGUUUUAUAUCAUAACACAAUAAAUAAACUGAUGCACAAUAAAACAUCUGUUGAAAAUG